AUGCCGUCCAGCUCUCCCGCCGGCGCGCCGAAAGUGCAUGCUAGACAUUGGUUGGAGGGCCGAGGACCCACCGCCGAUCAAGUUGAUGGUCCAACUCCAACCAACGUCCAAUUGCAGAGCGCCUAUUGCCUCGGUUCAAGAUCUGGUGGGAAAUGGGCCGGGCUUGGGCUUGGUGGCCAUAUACAAAAAAAAUGCUCACAUAUUGAGAAGCUGCUUCACUGGCCCCAAAAGAUAUCCAUUUUGGGUCUGAUGAGAGGAAACAGGGAAUCCUUUGGUAGUGGGGAAAUGGUCGGAUUAUGA